UUGGCACCCACUUGGCAAGCGUAAUGAAGCCUAUUUGGCAAGAACCGCUAAUCUACGUUUUCUUCGCUGCUGCUAAUAAAGACAGGGCUACAUUACUGCUGGUGGUAGGGUACAUAAAUGAACAGUUUGCAGAGAUCAGACAUACCGGCCUCGCAAAUAGAACCGCGAAAACAAUGUGGGCUUGACUCAGAGGUUCCGCGCAAACUCGUCCUCUGGUAGCCUACGUAGUCGUGACACACCUGGCUGGGACACACAUAGCUGUGGCAAGCAGUCCGACAUCAUUUCUGUCAACCCACCAAGUUCAAGAAACCUCGCAGAUGUGUCCGAAAAUGUUCACGAUCCUCUAUUCAACUUGAAUUUUAACAUGAUUUGAUUACAUAUUACACGCGCAAUGACUGUUCCAUGGAGUUUGCUAACGAUUCUGAGUUUGGUGCACCACACGGAAUCGAGGUGUUCGCCGACUACUUAUUAUAAAAACUGUUGGAUUCGUCAGUACCCUGGUAUAUUCAUCGACAUUGAGGAAUCUCAGAGAAGAGGCGCUCAACUUCUGAAGUAUUACCAAGAAGAGACAGCUCUGAAAUGCAGCCGAACCUGUUGCCUUACGAGAAAUUUUUCUUGUAACCUGGCGAUAUUCCACUAUGACACCAUCCAAGAGAAUGUGAACUGUUUUCAUAUGCACUGUCCAACAUUGGAGAGCUGCAUCCUAAGCUACAGAGGCAACGUCAUCCUGUACAACAUCACCAAAGGUGUGGAUCCAGACCUGUUGGUGUUUGGAAAGUACUUCACCUCCAACGUGCGGGUGUUACCCCACCUCUACACCAGAGUCAACGCCUCAGAGCCCCUAGCCUCAGACAAGCGCCAGUUCAACCGGCCACCCGUCCCCCCUGUCCAGCCUCUAACCAUAGCCCCUACUACCAGGAUCCCCAACACCACCACCACUGCACUCCAGAGCCCUACUCUGGGCACUACUCAUUCCCCCACCCCCUCCUCCACCAUAAUGCCCACCCUGGGAACCCAGGCCCCCACCACCACUCCCCCGACCCCCAUCACGACUGCCCCUGCCCCCUACACCACCCAGACCAUCCCUGCCUAUUCAUCAACCCACAGAGAAUCAACUACCACCCCACAUCCCACCACACCUACCCAGCAGCCCACAUCCACAGCCAGGAUGGCCACCACCACCAGUCCCACCAGCCCACCGACCUCCCUGGCUCCUGCAGCCAACGUGGAUGGCAGUAACAAGCAGGACCUCAACGACACCAAGGGCUACAUGGGCAGGAACCAAACAGCAGCCGCAGGGGGAGAAGGCGACCAGGGUAGCCAGGGCGGGGUGGAGUCCCCCUCACCCGGUGGUUUGGGCCCAGGGUGGCACGUAGCGGCACACACCCUGCUGGUUGCCGCGGUGACGGUCGUCACGGUGCUGCUGAGCUGCUGCUGUUCCGUGCUGCUAGUGGUGAGCUGGAGGGGUCGGAGGAAGAGGAAGGGGCGGUACAGGACCACCUGGAGGGGGAAAGGGGGGUCCAUGCGCCUCAUUAAGUAUGCCAUUGUCAGGGAGAGCUCGUGAGGUAACCAUGGGGACAGGGACUAACAAAGCUUUUACAGGGAACUGCACAGUUAAAAGUAAAAGUAGUGCUAGUCCACUAGAGAAGUAAUGUUUACAUCAGAAACAAUUGUGAAUUUAGCAGAGACCUGCUACCAACCUGCAAAUGUUUUUCUCCCUCCAAACUAAAUCUGUGUGUGUGUAGUCUGGAAGAACCACUGAAACUGAAAAGCAAAGAUCGAGACCAUCACUGGUGUAAAUAUUUUUUUUUAAAUGCAGCUGUUAUUUUCCCCCCCAUUCUGACAUGUUCAGUAUCAUCUUAUGUAUAGCUAUACUUUAGUGGUUUUGAAAAGAUGAGCUGCAUGGAGCAUAUUUUAGAUUCCGUAGACCUGGUAGAGAAUGAAUUGAAGUACAUGCCAAAACUGUGAGACCAAAGUUGCUGCGAGGAUUGUGGUUAAUACUGAUGUCAUGGCUUGAGACUGACAGUAACUGCUGAUGCAUUUGUAGGUCAUUUGCCUAAAGAAAGAUACCGUGCGUCCUUUUGGCAGACCUACAUUUUGAUGCGGUCGAACGAAAUCAAACCGAUGUUGAUGCCAAACUCCAUGGACAGUGUCUGCUCUGCUUUAAGUGCAUCGAUGGGGGCUUCCAAGCAAGAAAAGCUGCUGCAACAAGCCAAGUUUUGUUCUGAGGCAGUAAGAUGCUAAAUGGACUGUGGUGUAUGCAAGUGGAGGUGUAUCUUAGGCUCAGACCCAUCUUGCCACCGCUCCUCUCUCCUUCAGAACAUCUUUCCUGCGCAUCGGGUUUCACCUGACCCAGAAUCACAUGGACCAGAGCAGGAACUCUUUUGAAGGGUUUGGUGAUUUCUUUUUUUAAUAGGCCUAUUGCUGAAUGUGUCCUUUCAGUACGGUGCUUCUCUUUGUCCCCCUGGGCCAGAGGGGAGAAGGUGAUGGGUUUGAAGCCAGGAAGAGAGGGUAAUAUAGUAAACAUUUGUGUCCACUGUCAAAUGAUGUAAAAAGCACUUGUUGAAAUAACAGUAAGAACAAAUUUCAGAACUUGAGGAAAUUAAAGCUUUUUAUUUAAAAUGCAAGGAAUACAUUUUUGCUUCAGUUUAGCAUAACUCAUAUACGACAAUUGUAUUACAGACAUAUAAACAUAGGCCCUUUCAGUUAUUGUCAAUAAAUAUUUCACAAAAGACA